AUGGAGGGUCAAUCAAAUAGCGAUCCUCCAUCACCAACACUUGCACCCAUUGUCCAGUGUUGGAUAUCAGCUCGUUUGCCGUCCCAAUUGGCAGCUCCUUUUCUUCCAAUCAAAGCAUAUGAGCUUGAUGGUGUGAUAUCAUAUGCAAAUUCUGAUCCAAUGCUUUCUAGAGAGGUCAUCAGAUCUGACGACAUUGUGAUGUUUGGUCCAGCAGAGUUGAGUACUGAACACACAACAACCAAAGAUCCAACUGAGAUUUUGUCAACAAUAUCAUUAACCAUGUCUUGUGAUCCAUCAGUGGUAGUAAUAUUAUAG